AAAAGCCGCCAUAACGUCGUAGCCGCAACUUUUUGAGGUUAUGUGAAAUUACUGUCUUGUUCCAUGUGACACUUGAUACUCUUUGAUAAAUUAAAAACUUCAAACAUAAUGAAGGAUAACGAUCUUAUCGGCUUUGCCGACCCAAAUACGAUCAGUGACAAUGACGAAAAUAAUGAAAUUGCUGAUAUUAAAAAGAAAAUUUGCAAGAAAUCAGGUGGAUUUCAAUCUAUGGCUCUUAGUUUUCCAGUGUUAAAAGGAAUCCUCAAACGUGGAUACAAAAUACCCACACCUAUACAAAGAAAGACUAUACCAUUGGCUCUUGAGGGAAGAGAUAUAGUAGCGAUGGCUAGGACAGGCAGUGGAAAGACCGCUUGUUUCUUAAUUCCUUUGUUCGAGAAACUCAAGGUGAGGCAGGCAAAGACGGGUGCACGUGCAUUGAUUCUGUCACCUACGCGUGAGCUGGCAUUGCAGACAUUAAAAUUCAUAAAGGAAUUAGGAAGAUUUACUGGCUUAAAGCCAGCAGUAAUAUUGGGUGGAGACAGUAUGGACAAUCAGUUCAGCACAAUUCAUGGAAAUCCUGACAUCAUUGUAGCUACCCCAGGUAGAUUCCUGCAUAUAUGUGUAGAAAUGGAUUUGCAAUUGAAAAAUGUUGAAUAUGUCGUCUUUGAUGAGGCUGAUAGAUUAUUUGAGAUGGGUUUUGGGGAACAAAUACAAGAAAUUGUGAACAGAUUACCAGAAUCGCGUCAAACAUUAUUGUUCUCUGCUACCUUGCCUAAAAUCUUAGUAGACUUUGCGAAAGCUGGUUUGAGUGAUCCGGUUUUACUUCGUUUGGACGUUGAGAGUAAGCUGCCUGAAGGAUUGACUUUAUCCUUCAUCACAUGUCGUCCUGAAGAAAAAUUGGCUGUACUUCUGAGCCUACUCAAGAGAAUUAUUAAGCCCGAGUCGCAAACAAUUAUAUUUGCGGAAACUAUGCAUCAUGUGGAAUAUAUUCAUCAGAUAUUGGAUAAGGCGAAUAUAUCGAACACCUUUAUUUAUUCAAAUUUGGACCCUUCCGCGCGUAAAAUAAACGCAGCCAAAUUUCAAAUUGGUAAAGCGCGAGUUCUUAUAGUGACGGACGUUGCCGCUAGAGGAAUAGAUAUACCACAUCUCGACUACGUGAUUAAUUUUAAUUUUCCUGCAAAAUCUAAACUCUUCGUACACAGAGUAGGACGAUGUGCUCGAGCUGGACGCGCUGGAACGGCAUAUAACAUUGUGAGCUCAGACGAAUAUCCUUAUCUCUUAGAUCUGCAUCUCUUUCUUGGCCGGCCUUUAACAAUAGUACCGACUACAGGAGUCUCUGAAAACAUGGAAUCCGCAGUAGGAAAAUUACCACAGGCCAUGAUAGAGGAAGAACUGGCUGAAUUGAUAAAUUGGCACAGUACCUCUACCGAUCUUAAAAAUAUGCAAAAGGUAUGUACCAAUGCCUACCAACAAUAUAUCAAAUCGCGACCGAGUGCUUCAACGGAAAGUGUUAAAAGAAUUAAGGAGCUUCGCAUAAAUGAAGCUGGAAUUUUACCCGAGUAUUCUGAUGCAACAAUUUCUCAUGCAGCUGCAGAUAUAAUAUCCAGGAUGAAAAAUUAUAGACCACAAGGAACGAUAUUUGAAAUUGGUACGAAAACAAACUCAACUGACUAUCAGGUGAUGAAGACGAAACGAAUGUUUCACAAAGAGAAUAUUCUUAAUUUCCAUAAAAAAAUAGAGGAUCGCAAAACUGAUAAAAUCAAUACAGAAUUAUCUAAAAAAAAAGUCAAUUUGCCGUCCAGCAACGCGGAAGAAAUUAAUGCUGCGUUCAGUACAGUGGUGGUUCCAAAGAAAAAAAGCAGUGACGAUUUGUACAAAAUUUCAAAAAAGAAGAAAUAUACAACGAAACGGGAUGAAGAAUAUUAUAUACCUUAUUCUGCACCAGAUAAGCAUACGGAGGACGGUUUAGCAGUUAAUACAUUUACCACUGAAGUUGAUAAGGCGCAAAUGGAUUUAACGGCAGACAAUGAAGAGGGUCGACAUCUUCAAACGCAGUUGAAAAAAUGGGAUAGGAAAAGGAAGAAAAUGAUCACUGUCGAAAAAGAUCAGAAGGCGAAAAAAAUACGCACUGAAUCGGGUGUAUGGAUACCUGCUACAUACAAAACAAAUCGUUACAACAUGUGGAAGGAAAAAAGUAAGAUCGACGAAAACGAUAGCGAAGAUGAUGAGGAGGAAUUUUCACAGGCAAACAACUUACGGACCACAGCAAAUACACAUUGGGCGCGGCACAAUCAAAAGCUUAAAGAUAAAAUUAAAGUAAAGAAUGAAUUAAAGAGACCUGAACAAAUCUUGAAGGCACGCAAGCUAUUAGAAAAAAAACGUCAAAGAAACGGGAGAAGAAGAAAUAAAGGUCAAAAAAAUCGUACAAAGAAACAUUAAGUUGUUUUUAAUUUUCGAAAUACAUUAGCAUUGUAAUAGUCAA